AAAUAAUUUGCUGGAUGUAUUCUUGGACGUGAUAAGCCGCUCAAAAGAGAAGAAGACUAUAAUAGUAACACCAAGAAACCAUGUCCCUCAAGGAUGCAGCACGAAAGAUUAUUGUCGAUGACAUGUUCAGACCCCUCCACAUCCGAGGCGAAUGGAAGAUUCUCGUUGUUGACACGUUAGGGAAGAAGAUAAUAUCAACUUGUUUGAAGAUGAAGGACAUGCUGGAUAAUGGGAUCACACUGAUCGAGGACCUGUCAAAAGCAAGACAGCCUCUGACCUAUCUUGAUGCGGUAUACUUUGUGAGACCUAACCAGGAGAAUAUUGGCCAUAUCAAGAAAGAUUUCGGCGAAGUCAGGGAAUACUCUGGAAGACUUUACAAAAAUGCUCACUUAUUCUUCACGGAGAUCAUACCAGAUGAGAUGCUGAAGGAUAUAGCUAAAUCAGAUAUAGCUCCCUUCGUUCAAACUGUAAAGGAGCUGAAUUUGGCAUUUCUACCAAUAGAAGAGCGUGUAUUCUCUCUCGACAACCCGGCUGCUUAUAACGAAUAUUACGGUGGUAAAAUGACUGACAAGAGACUAGACGAAAUAGCUGAGCAGCUGGUGACAGUCUGUGCUACACUAGAUGAAUCACCGUGUCCCAAAGUAAGGACAUGUAACAGUAACCUGGACUGUGUUAAGAAGCUCGCUACUAAAGUUCAAGCUAAACUAGAAAAAUACAAAGAAGCUGACAUCCUAACAGCUAACAACAAAUCACAACUAAUAAUCCUGGAUAGAGGUUUUGAUCCCAUCUCUCCCUUUCUCCAUGAGUUGACAUUCCAAUCAAUGGCUUACGAUCUUCUCUCCGCAGUGGCUGCAAGCAGUAAGAUAGAUCCUGUUAAAAACACCUACACAUUCGACUCAACAAAAGACAGCUCUUUAGACGAUAAUAAGAAAGAGAUAAUCCUUGACACGAGUAACGAAGUGUGGCGAGAACUGAGGCACCAUCACAUCAGCACAGUACUGCAGAUAGUUAACCAGAAAACAAAUGCUCUCAUGGACAAAUAUGCGAACCUGCGUGGUAGUGGAGGCGGUGACCCAAACAGUAUGCUCGAUAUGAAAAGUAUGAUCAACAAGAUGCCCAAGUAUAAGAGGGAGGAAGCUAACCUGAACUCCUUCAUUAAACUUGCUGAGGACUGUAUGACUGCCUACAACAGCGGGACAGUAGAGAGAGCGGUAAAACUAGAACAGGACAUGUCAACUGGGUUCGACAGCACUGGUAAACCUAUUGGUGAGAGGUUCGUUAAAGCAUGUGUCCCAGUAUUUGUGCCCCAGAAUAAUGGACCUCUAUUUACCCACUACCAGAAACUACGUGUGUUGAUCCUCUACGUGCUCAACAAAAAAGGUUUGGGUAAACACCUGACCAAAGAAACGCUACUGAAACUGAUUGAGCGAGCGGAGAUUAAGAAGGAGGAGAAAGCUGUGAACAACAUGAUAGAUCUGGGUAUUGAUAUAUUCGGAACUUCAGAGAUUCAGGACAGAAGGGAACCUCCCAGAAAAGAGCGGGACACAUCGGGAGUAUUCGAGACGUCGCGGUGGACCCCCGUAGUUAUGGAUAUUAUGGAGGCAGUGGUCCACGAGAAGAACCUUGAUACUUCUCACUAUCCUUUCUUCCACGCUGAAUCACAGAAUGACGGUGAUAUAGACGUGGUGGGUAAGACCUCACUGAUGCGGGGACACGGGAAGAAGCAGCAAGUGAUGGGAGGUCGAGCUACUGGACCCAAACUAAUCAUAUUCGUGAUGGGCAGUAUCAGUUACAGUGAGAUGAGAUGUGCUCAUCAGGUAAGUGAGACACAGACCACUAGAAACGGCUGGGAAGUGAUUAUAGGAAGUGACAACAUUCUCACCCCUGAACGUUAUCUCGACAACCUUAUCAAGCUCAAAGAUUGAGAUUAAUUAAUUGAUAGUCUUUCAGUAUAUAAUUAGGUUUACAUGACUGCUAUUAGUUUCUUUAAUCGAUUAAUUUCACAUUUGCUUGCUCACUAUAUUUCUGUUUACGAUUUCGUUUUUCAUGCGCGCACUCAUUCAGGUAGCUAUGUAGUUUUUGUUAGUUGAUUAGACACUAUGUGUACUGUUUGUGGACAGCAACAUGAUCUUUCCUAGAUCUACUUAGAACUUAAUAAUAUCACGGGGAGUGUCCUAGGACAUAUGACGUCACAACAUAGCACAUUAUGACGUCAUCAUUAAUAUGACGUCACAAUAUGACACAUUCCUAGAGGAGUAAAAAAUAAAUGUGGGGACCCCAAACCCAUGUAGCUGAGACACCUCACAGCAAGUAGACCAAAAAGGCUCUAGCUUGUAAAAGGUACAUCAACUACCCGCCGAAGCGAUGGGUUGGGAGUCCCCCAGGGAUUAUUUCGCCCGAAAGGAGUACCACUGAGAAUCUGACUUAAAGUUCAUUCUGGGAUACUCACCAUUCGUUAUAAAUCAUGUACAGAUAUAUUCACCCUUACGUUUGUUUGACAUAUUUAUACAACUGUUAAUUAAAUUAUUCCCAUUAUUUCAAAGUUCGGCUGUUCUUCCCAUUCCUUCUCAGAGAAUGACUAAUUAUCAAUUAGUUUCGCUUUAGAUUUUUUGAUGUACAGAAUUUUGGGUUGAAGUUAAUUGCUAUUUUAACCUUUCAUGUGCCAAUUUAGCUUAAAAUUUGCUGUCAAAUCUUUUUGGGAAAGUGUGAUGUAUAAGUUAUGGUUUACUUUAAAAUGAUAUAUUUUGGAAUAGUCAUAAAUUUUGAUUGAUUAAUAAAUUUUGAAGGCUGUUGAUCAGUUAUGUUUAAUUUCAUUAGAUGAUGAUAAUCACUUUUUCUAAGCUCUUGAACCGAAAAACUGUAUUAAUGAAUUUUCAAUAGUGCGAAGUGAGAAAAAGGGUGAACGUACGUGAUUUCCAAAAAAUGCAUGUUUCUUGUCUUUUCUGUAUGUUCGUGUGAGCUUUUCCCACAAAUGUGAGUUAUCUAUUUUUAGCUGUCUUUACAUUCAAAGUUCAAGUUGGAAAAUUUAAUCCUUCGGUCCUCUAAAUUCACAAAGCCCCCGGCCCCUUGCAUUGUCUGAUUCAACGUUUAAUCCUGUGAGGAAAUUACCGCACCAUACUUCGUAAAUAAUAAAGUGUUUAGUGAAAGAAAAAUCAACCUCGCAUCAUUGAAUCAGAUAAUAGUUAGUCUGGAUCUAUUGAGUCAAACAAAAUAAUAGUACAAUUGUAUUGUUCCGAAUCAGGAUAAGUCAUCGUAA